AUGGCGUCUACAACCACUGAACCUCCCAGUGGAGUCCCUAGAAGUGAAGGUACUAAUACUUCGUCAUUGCACAACAAGGAAACUUCCAGUGAAGUUACUAGAAGUGGCGUCGCUGCAAGUGAAGCCCCCAGCGGUGAAGCCCCCAGCGGUGAAGUCCCCAGCAAUGAAGCCACCAUCUCGUCUCCUAGUCCCUCGUCGACUCCGUCGACUUCCUCUCCCAAUGCCUCGUCGCUGAGUACGUCUUCGAACUCCUCGUCCCCCUUCAUCUACAAAGAAUUUGCCUGGUAUCGUCUCUGGGUCUAUGACUUCGUGUUGUGGUGCUUCUCGGUGAUCUUCGACUGCUUCUUCCGUGAGAUCAGGCCUCGUGGAGCCUUCCGUCUUCCCCGUACGGGUCCCGUCAUCUUCGUGGCUGCUCCCCACGCCAACCAGUUCGUGGACCCCAUCGUGCUCAUGAACCAGGUCAAGCGCGAGAGCCAGAGACGGAUCUCGUUCCUCAUCGCAGCGAAGUCCUACAAGCAGCGCGUGUUUGGGUUUCUCUCCAAGUGCCAGUUGUCCAUUCCCGUGGUCAGAGCCCAGGACAACUUGAAAAAGGGCCAGGGUAAGAUCUUCAUCGACGUGCAAGAAGACCCGCUCCUUGUGCGUGGAAAGGGCACCAAAUUCACCCGUGAGUGCAUGCCCAGAGGACUCGUGGCGUUGCCCCAGUCACUCGGAGCAUCUGAAGUCUCGGAAGUCAUCUCCGACACCGAGCUCCGUAUCAGAAAGGAGUUCAAACUGUCCCAGCAAAUCAAUACCCUUCUCGCUAACGGCACCUCAUACAAGUGCGCAGACAAGGUCAACCAGAAGGACGUGUACAACAUGGUUUUCAAGCAUUUGUCCAACGGAAACUGCAUCGGAAUCUUCCCAGAAGGUGGCUCCCACGACAGAACCAACUUGUUGCCAUUGAAGGCCGGAGUAGCCAUCAUGGCCCUUGGCGCCAUGGACAACGAUCCCACCUGCAACGUCAAGAUUGUGCCCUGCGGCAUGAACUACUUCAAUGCCCACAAGUUCCGGUCCCGUGCGGUGGUGGAAUUUGGCCAUCCCAUUGACAUUCCUAUGGAGCUCGUCAAGAAGUACUCCAACCCCGAAACGAACCGUGAGUCCGUCAAGGAACUCUUGGAUAUCGUGACCACCGGUUUGAAGGCUGUCACUGUCACCUGUGACGACUUCGAGACGCUCAUGGUGGUGCAGGCUGCAAGAAGACUCUAUGCGGGCAACUUUGCCCAACACCUUCCUCUUCCCUUGAUCGUGGAGAUGAACAGAAGAUUGGUAUUGGGGUACCAGACCUUCAAGGACAAAGCCGAGAUCCAGAGCGUCAAGUCCAAGAUUUUGAAGUACAACGAAUUGUUACAACAAUUGUACCUCCCAGACCACGAUGUGGAACACUGCGAUGAGUCCAACAAAUUGCGGGUUGUGCCAGUGUUCGUGUUCAGAUUGGUCAAGCUCAUUAUCUUCUUCACCCUCUCGUUGCCUGGAGCCACCUUGUUCUCGCCUGUUUUCAUCAGUUCUAAAAUCAUUUCUACCAAAAAGGCCAAGACGGCUUUGGCUAACUCCACUGUCAAAAUCAAGGCCAACGACGUUAUUGCCACUUGGAAGAUCUUGAUUGCCAUGGGAAUUGCCCCCAUUGUCUACAGUUUCUAUGCUUCUGUUGGAACCUAUUAUUGCUACACCCGCGACAUUUUCCGGUUUAGAUUGGUAUUUGUAUGGUUAAUUCUUUACAUUUGUGGUGUGAUUGUUACCUACUCUGCCCUCAUCUCCGGUGAACAAGGCAUGGAUUUGUUGAAGUCUCUCAGACCGCUCUACUUGUCGGUUACUUCUGGUUCCUCCAUCACCGAGGUCAAAAAGUUGAGAAACGAGCUCAGUGAAGAAAUUACUUAUUUGGUUAACACCUUCGGACCCGAGCUCUUCCCCAACGACUUCAAUUUGUUGGAGUUGAAGAACCAGCUCAAUAUUACUGGCGAAGUCAACUACGUCGACAGCGACGAAGAAGAGGACAGAAAGACAGAAGAAUUGAGAAACAGAAGAAUGAAGAGCAGAAAGCACGCCAGAAGGGCUGCCAAGCAAGCUGCUAAGGAAAGUGCUGCUGCUUCUGGAUCUCCCGAAGAACCAACAAACUCCUCCAACAGCGCUCUCUCGUUGGGCAACGCAAACUCGUCGUCUGUGUCCGAUGGAAUUUCAUUGAUGAACUCCGACAACUCCUUAACCAACAUCCCAAUGUUUUCGGACUAUUCCUUGCACAAGAAUGCCAACAACCCGAAUGUGACCAUCGAACAGCAAUCGGCGUUGAAUUCCACUGUCAACUCCUCAGCGUCGAUCUACGACGAUUACCACGUCAGAAGAGACACCACCCCAUACAGCCGGUUAUCCAGAGAAGGCUCCCACGACCACAUCGAGUUAAACUUCGGUGCCAGGGUCAGUCCAAAGAAGAAGUUGACUGAUAAAAUCAAGAACCGCAUCAGAGAGUCAAGAAACAACCAGUCCUCUGGUUGA